AUGGAUGGAUCUCACGAGCCUCUCAUGGGAGAAGAGACUUCAAACUGCAAGUGCCAGACGAAGAAACCAUGUGCAAACAAGCCACUAAUGAUCAUGCAAAUUUUAAUGCUGAUUGUUCUUUUAAUUGUUUUAGGGAUAGCCAUAUUUUUACUUGUUAACAUUGAUUCUUCUCAUAACGUAGAUAAGAAUAGGAGAAUUAGAAUUGGAAUGGCUGGAAUGCGCUUAAACGAAACAAAUACUGGUGAUUUUAACGUUUCUCUCUACAACUACGCAAACUUAAAGUACUUAGAUGCCAUUCAAAAGGCUGGUGGUACUCCUAUGGUUCUUCCUGUCCUCACAAACUUAUCAAUUGACUUAGUUGAAGAACAACUUGAUACUAUUGACGCUCUAAUCAUUCCAGGAGGCUAUGAUGUUGUUCCUUCCCUUUAUGGAGAAGAAACAACCAAAUGGAUCGAGCGAACAAGCUAA